UGCCGAAACGGUAAUCCUCCGAAUCAUCAUGCUACAAUUUUUAUUCGGUCUUUGAUCAUGAAGUGGCAUGACUAAUAUACAAACCAUAUUCUUAACAUUUUAGAUCAAUCUGUUGCGGGUGGGGGAUUUUUCAAUUCCCCGGGUCAAUUUGGCAACGUCACUACCCCAAACCAAGCUCAAAAAAGUACACGGCGAGCUUCGCGUACAGCUCCUAUAGUUAUAAGACAAGCUUUACAUUGUGGAGAUGAUGGUGUAAAAAUAUGGGGAACAGAAAUCCAAAUAGUGUCUAUUGUUGCACGAGUGAGGAAUAUACGACUGCAGAGUACAAAAAUAACUUACACAAUACAAGACAUAACAGGUAGAAUGCGUGCAGUCUUAUGGAUCGACCAAGAAGCUAUGGAACAAGAUGAUAAAGCUACUCCUAGAGUUCAAGUUAAUGAUUACAUUCAAGUAUUUGGUAACAUAAAGACUAAUAAAGGAAAGAAAGUUAUGAUGGCAUUCAAAAUUAUGCCAAUUACAGAUGUUAAUGCUAUAACUUUUCAUUAUUUGCAAUGUAUUCAUAAUAAAGUUAAAAUGGAGAGUGAUUCAAAGAAGGAAAAAGUAGUAACUAGUAAUCCAACAUUUACCAGUGGUCUACCAGCUAAUUCCAUGGUUGCAGUUAAUGAUAACAAUGGUUCAGUCAAUGGAUUAAAUCCUCGCCAAAUGUUGGUAUUCAAUCUGAUUCGUGCAUCAACACUGGAACAGGGUAUCAGUAAGCAGGACAUGUAUGCUACACUGAAGGAUCGUAUGUCACAAAUUGAAUUUGAAAACAUUUUGGAAUGGAUGUGUGGUGAAGGACAUAUUUAUUCAACAAUUGAUGAAGAACAUUUCCGAGCCACUGAUGCUUUCUAAACUACUUGUUUUCAAUGUAACAGGCCUUGUAUUUAAAAACCUGCAAAUAAGUUUCUAUUUGUUAUUAA